AUGCCUUACGAUUGUGAAAAUUGUGCUUUUACAUCUUACUCAAUCGUUGACUAUGUCAAUCAUGUAUGUGCAACAUCAAGUCAUCAUGAAGAUCAUAGUGCUUCUAGUCAAAGUGCUCAGAUAUUAUGUUACAAUUGUGAUUUCUCAACACUAGAUGCAGAAGAGUAUCUUGCUCACUCUUGUGAAACUACUCCUUUGCCUUCUUGUUCAAAUGACUGUUUAAUUUGUGUUCCCGAGCUACCAAUUAUGACAUCACAAGAACAAAACAAUACACCAUCAACUUCAGUUUCAUCAUCUCGAAACAUCACCUCACCUAGCUCCUCAUCAAAAGGUGUAAGUCUACUUCAAAAAGUGAAGAAAACAAAAUUUUGUUGUGAUAAGUGUAAGCAUGUGUUCUCAAGACGGAAAAUUUUCCAGGAGCAUAUCAAAGUUUGUGGUGUUCCCUGUUCACCUAUAGAAAGAAACUUUAGUAAAAUUGAUGGAUUGAAUUGUGUGCGAAGUGCAAUGCAUAAUAAACUAUCAGAAUACACAAUAGAAAAACCAACAGCUAUUGAUCUUGAUAAAUUGCAGAAAGACAUUCAAAAUGAUAUUUAUGACUUAUUGAAAUCAACACUUGAUACUCAUCCUACACUUAAAUUCAAUUUAACCAUUGAAAUCAGUUUUGAAAAAGUGACAAGUGAGGGAGUUGUUAAUCUGGAGAAAAGACCUUUCGUUUCCGUUAUGAAGCAAAUCUUGAGAGGAGAUGAUUUGAAUUACAAAAUUGCUUCAUCAUUCGAUGAAUUGAAAGAAACUGUAGCUCAAUACACUGAAAGAGGGAGUGGAUGGUCUAUUGUUUCAAUUGAUAGAGUAACUAUUCAUCUGGGUCGAUUCAAAGCUCAUGCAGGAGGUUGUUUCAAUAAAAAGUUACCAGCACUGAUUAUCAAUAAAAAGUGUCUUUUGAGGAUGGAGGUUACGAGUGACUGCUUCAUGUAUUCUGUUCUAGCAUCCUUACACCCAAAGAGUAGCAGUAGCAAUCCUUCUCGUCGUAAACAAUACGAUCAGUACAUUAACCUCUAUGACUUCUCUGAUGUAAGAGGCAUUGUGACACUUGAUCUUAUCUCUAAAUUUGAAAAGAAAAAUAAUUUGUGUAUCAAUGUCUAUACAUAUGAUAUUGAUGAAUCUUAUGUGAUCCCUUUGAAAAUCAACAAACAGCUACAUCAAGAAACGAUUAAGCUAUUCCUGUACGAUGAACACUUUUAUCCAAUCAGAAGCUUUAAUCGCCUCGCAAGUGCGGAUCUUACAAAAUCACGUCAUUUUUGUGAGUUUUGUAUGAAUCCAUUUACUAGCUGUGAGAAAUUGGAUAAACACAAAAUUGAGUGUGUGCGCAUGUCUCCUGGUAACAUCAUCAUGCCUGAAAGAGGUUCCAGCAAACAAAAAAUAAAGUUUAAGCAAUACAAAUGGAUUCAACAAUUUCCAUUUGUAAUUUAUGCAGAUUUUGAGACCCUGUCCGUCAAUACGCAAAAUGAUUACAAAAUCAAAGAGCUACCGCCAUGUAGUUAUGGUUUAGUUGUGGUUGACUGGAACGGUGUAAUCAUCAAAUCAGACUUUUGCCGAGGACCUGAUGUAGUUAAAAAUUUUCUUCCAAAGCUAUUCUCUUUGAAACAUGAGCUGAGUACAAUUUUGAGAGACUCAAAGAAGCCUCUAAUAAUGACCGAUCAAGAUGAUGAAAAUUUUGUGAAUGCAAGGAAAUGUUUCAUCUGUGGACAAGGACUUUGGUCUGAUAAAGUCAAGGAUCACGAUCAUCUAACUGGAAAGUAUCGCGGAGCAGCUCAUUCAAGAUGUAAUCUUGCUCUUGUUAUGCCUGAUAAAAUACCUAUCAUAUUUCAUAAUUUGAAAAAUUUUGAUGGUCACAUAAUCUUUGAAAAUUUGAGUCAUGAAAUAAUCAAGAGAGGAUUGACUGUUAUCCCCCACACAAUGGAGAAAUACACAGCCUUCUUAUUUGAUAGCUUCAUAUUUCUCGAUAGUUUUUCUUUUCUUCCAGCUAGUUUAGAAUCAUUAGCAGAAAGUUUAACAGAGGAAAAUAAACAAGAUUUCAUCAAAAUGUUGUUUCCCAAUCAUCCAACAGCACUUUUGACUAAAAAAGCUGCUCUACCUUAUGAAUAUAUCGAUUCGCAUGCAAGAUUUGAAGAAGAUACACUACCGAGUAUUGAUAAAUUUUAUUCAUCAUUGAGUGGUGAAACUAUAUCUACUGAACUUUACAAUCAUCUUGAAUUAAUUUGGAAGCAGUUCAACUGUAAAACACUCGGGGAUUUUCAUGACAUUUAUCUGAAAGUGGAUGUUUUAUUGCUCACUGCAGUAUUCGAAAAUUUCCGAGGCACAGUUAGACGUUUUUUCAACUUGGAUCCCUGUCAUUUGUUCUCCUCACCAGGACUUUCAUGGGCUGGAAUGCUCAAGUUUACUGGCAUAACUUUAGAUCUGAUGACACAUAUCGACAUGCUCUAUAUGAUUGAAAAAGGAAUCAGAGGAGGUCCAACAUCGGUAGCAGAUAGACAUUGCACUGCAAAUAAUGAAAAUGUCACAAACUUCGAUGCAAAUAAACCGAGAAGUUUUAUAAAGUAUUUCGAUGUAAAUAAUCUCUAUGGUUACGCCAUGAGUCAAAAAUUACCAAUUGAUGAAUUCAGCUGGUAUCAAGGUGAAAUUGACAUUGAAAUGUUGCUAACUGAAGCAAGAGAUACUAACUAUGGAUACAUUUUCGAGGUUGAUUUGGAGUACCCAGCUGAGCUCCAUGACCAACACAAUGAUUUUCCCUUAGCUCCUCACAAAAUGGAAAUUGAUUACAAUUCAUUGAGUGAUUAUCAAAAGGAUAUCAUCAAAAAACUAACACAAAACGAUUUAAAUUAUACUUCCUCUGAAAAGUUAGUUUUGACAUUUUUACCUCAUGAGAAAUAUGUUGUUCAUUAUGCAACUUUGGAUUUGUAUCUCAAAAUGGGAAUGAAGCUGAAAAAAGUUCAUCGGGUGAUUCGAUUCAGACAAGGACCGUGGUUAGCGAAAUAUGUUGAAUUCUGCACAAAAAUGAGACAACAAGCUACUACCGCCUUUGAAAAAGAUUUCUGGAAAUUGAUGGUCAAUUCAAUCUACGGGAAAACAAUUGAAGACAAACGCAAACAUAGAAAGAUAUGUUUUGCAUUUGAUGUGCACGAAACUGAAAACAAGUUGAGAUCUGAUCUAUGCAAAAGAUACAUUAUCAUGAGUGAAAAUAGAGUGAUAUUUGAGCUGUUCAAUACUAAGGUCGAGAUGAACAAACCAAUAAUGGUAGGUUUUACUGUUUUGGAAAUGGCAAAAUUGAAAAUGUAUGAAAUUCAUUACAACAGCUUCAAAAAACAUUUCGGAGAAAAGAUUAAAUUACUCUACACAGAUACUGAUAGUUUAAUCUACAACAUCAAAUCAGAAGAUAUUAUCAAAGAUAUGGAAAGCCUUUCAUCUCUAAUGGAUUACAGCAAUUACCCUAAUGAUCAUGUUCUCUUCUCAAAUUGCAAUCUGAAGAAAGUUGGAUACUUGAAAGAUGAGAUGGCGGGUAAAGAUAUUGAAGAGUUUGUUGCAUUGAAACCAAAACUUUAUGCAAUCAAAGUUGGAGAUUCAAUUGUAAAAAGAGCCAAAGGAGUUCAAAAGUCUGUUUUAAAAAAGAAAAUUAAUUUUGAUGACUAUCUAAAUUGUUUGUACAAUAAUGAAGUUGAAAGAGCCAAGCAAACAAGACUUGGAUCAAAUAAACAUGUAAUCUAUAUGUUUUCAAAUGAUAAAAUAUUGAUGUCUCCACUAGAUGACAAAAGAUUUUUAAUCAAUAAUACUGAUUCAUUGGCCUACGGGCAUUACAAAAUCAGACAAAAUGAGUCUGAGCAACAAUAA